AUGGACCGGCCCGACAUUCUCGACCCCGCGUGCAGGAUCGUGCUCACGGACUUCGGCGCGGCGUGCCGAUUGGAGAGGCCCGGCGAGCGGCUGUCAAGUGUGGUGGGCACCAGAAAGUUCUCCCCGCCCGAGUUCUUCGAUAGGAACUAUGGCGCAAAGGUGGAUGUUUGGGCUCUGGGUAUCGUGAUGUACGGCCUUGCAACUGGCCGCUUCCCGUUCCGGAACGAAAUGGACGUUCGCAACAAAGCCAUCUUCAUCCCAAGGACAGUCUACCCUCUCUUCGCAGACUUUAUCAUGAGGAUGCUGGUAAAAGACGAGUCCACCCGAUUGGACAGCGACCAGGCCAUGAACCACCAGUAUCUGAAUCCUGGCCGCGGCGCCGCGCAGGAGUCUGCGACGCCAGCGGCGCUGGCGAGACCAGAGCAGGGACCCGCAGAAGAGGUCCUGCGCGUGGACACGCCUCGGUCUCGCGCGGAAAAGGCCCUCGGCUGCGGCAAGAGCCUGGACGCCAGCACGGCCAGCACGGCCGAGCCGCUCAGCGGGUCCGACAGCAGCCCCAAGGAGAGGUCUCCCGCGACGCCGCGCAGCGAUCGCUGCAGCUCGCCACCGCGCAGCUGCAGGCGGCGCUCGCGGCCUCGCCCGCCGAGCCCGGCGCCCCGCUCCGGAGGCCGCUGCGGGCGGGCCGUCGGAGCUCGGCGCCGCCGGGCGGCAGGGCCAAGGCCGGGGCCGCCACGCCGCCCCGCUGCCUGCCGCGCUGCCUGCUCGGCCUGA